GCAAAAGUCGAUGAGCGUCAUUUCCACCACAGAGCUGAUAUGCCUCGAGGUGGGGAGCAAGACACUCGAAUUCCGACCGAACCGCGGGCCCGGCGACCUUGUGGAGAGGAACAUCACAAUCAGCUGCGAGUCACCCGCUGCCAGCGCUGUGCUUGUAUUUCAGGCUGUGUUUCCAUUCCUUCUGUACGCGGGCAACGAAGGUGGCGAGCCCGUCGAGCUGACCCUCUCUGGCGGCACAAAUGUCUCAUUCUCGCCGAGCUUCGAGUACCUCGACCAGGUGCUCCUACCUGCACUGGAGUCGUGGUUUGGCGUGCACGUUGAAAGGAGAUUGGACACAAGGGGAUGGAGCCUGGGCUCAAUCUUGAGAGGGUCACUCUGGUUUAAAAUUCAGCCUAUCUCAUUUGGAGAUGUUCUGAGGCUCAGUGGCGAGCUUCCGAGGCCAGAAUCAGAAUCAGGGAAAUUUGAAAUCACGUCUAUCGACGUGACUAUCAUCACGCCGAGUCAUCUCCAUGCGGAGCUUGAGGCCACCCUCCGCGAACGUCUGGGCAAGACCUUCCCUGCGGUCGAACCCAACUUUCUGACGACAGAGGAGAGCAGGCACGAGGCGCGAAUCUACGUACUUCUAGUGGCCAAAUCGACGACUCUGCGGUGGGGCCGAGAUAUCCUUUACAGUGGGAAGCGGAAGGGGAAGUCUCCAGCGCAGCUCAGCGACGAGGUAGCGAAGACCGUCGUGAAGUCUCUCGCCGAGGAGAUCAAUACUGGAGGUGUCGUGGAUGAAUUCUUGCAGGAUCAGCUCGUUAUCUUCCAGGCUUUGGCCCAGGGAAGCACGAGCUUCCCAAGAAACAGCCCUGAGAACCAAGGGCGAGAAGUCCAGGAGUCGAAUGUUGUUGAAGAUAAAUUGGAGAAGUUUCCCAUCAGAAAUGGACCCAGGAAAGACAGAACUCAGAAACCUUUUGGCGACUUGGAGACGGACAGCACCCACACUCGGACAGCCCGAUGGGUCGCUGCAAAGCUUAUGGAGCCCAAAAUAGCCUGGUACAACAACGGAAAGAUAUGUGAAGGAAUUGGACUAAGCUCGGGUACUAGUAGAGGUCAGCAACAGCUGUAGCUAGGUUGUCGUUCCAAGUCCUCCAAGUGACUUGUUAUUAUACAUUCAGGGCAGAAGUGGGGAACAGCUGUAUGGCGGGGGGGGGGAGAAAGACUGCAAACGCUUUCUAAUGGCUUAUGGAUCCGAGGCUUGACCUCGAUUGGGCGCAUGUUAUGUGUACAAGAAUCAGAAUGGUAUUGUGAAACGCGAGGGGAAGCAUGCUGACCUUUGACUGAGAUGCAUGAGCAUGUUGCUGGCCCGAGUCCUUCCGGUUCACGCACAGACCGUGAGAAGGAUGUGCUGGGCCUGGGGAAGUAAAUGUUUUCAAGGCUGGCUUCGAAGGAGGAUGAGAAUUUAAAGCUCUGUGGGCGCAGUAUUUACCUGGAGACAUUUGAAUCGACCCAUAUUCUCUUGA